AUGCAAGUAAGCUACAUAGAGAAGCAGAGUGUUGAUGAGCUUGGAGUAAGCACACUUAUUGAGGACAGAGUAUUUUUCGUUAGAGGGAUGGAGUUGCUAAGCAAGAGCAUCUACAUGUAUGACACUGAGGUUCUGCACAAGGUAUUUAUGGAUAAGGUUGAUUAUAUGUGCUAUUUCAACGGAAUGCUGUUAGUCUUGUGCGGGAAUGUUCUAUACAAGCACAAAUUGUUUGGGGAAGAGUUGGUACUGAGUGGGACGCAUCAACUGCUCGAACCUCCGAUUAGGAUAUAUGUAAGUGGAACACCAUCGGAAAAGGAAGGAUAUGCUGUAUGUUUUUUGUACAGGAACAAAAGGAUUGAUAUUUUCAAUGAUGAAAUUGAAAGGGUUGUGGUGAGGUGCAAGGGGGAUGUUGCGAGGGAAGACGAGAUAGUUGACUUUACUAUUGAUGACGGGUCUUCGUGGUUUUUGUCCAAAUCUGGAAGGAUUUAUCACACACACUCCUUUGUGGUGUCGAGAACUGUUCUCUUGAGCAGGCCUAUCCGAAUGAUUCCCGAGCCGACUUAUUUCGACGGAAGCAUCAACAAGAUCGUGGCUAAGAAAGGAAAGAUGUAUGUGUGCUACAACGAAGGGUUUGAGGUGUAUGAUAUUGGGAGGGAUAUCCUGGUACUGAACUAUACAUACAGGACACGAGACUUUGAGCUCCACGCUUCUUCGGAUGUAUACUGUUUAGAGAAAAAUCUGCUGGUUGUGAAUGAGAUGCCUCGAGUGAUUGCAAGUGUUCGUGUUCAUAAGAUGUUUGGAGAUGUGGGGAUUUCCCGCGAUAGGAUUCUGUUCAUUAAAAAGUCGGAUGAAGAUGAAAGAGUGGGCACAAGACUGCUGAAGGAAGGAGAUGCAGACGAAAGGGUAAAGAGGAUGUUCAGAAUAACGGAGAAUGAAAUUAAAAUUCCUGAGAUCGAGCUUUCAGAAAAUGGAAAGGAUGUCUCUGAGAAGAGUUUUCUCAUGAUACAGAAGAUGGCUAAUGAUUUUGAGAGCAAGGUUCUUGAUGUGUAUAGAAAAAUAUACUUUGAGCUUUUGACGCUUAAUGAAAGCUUUGGUGAGAAGAUGGUGGGAUUGAGCGCUGAGAAUGACCUAAUACUAAAAAAGGUUGAAGUUCUUGACAAAAAAAAGAAUGAAUUGAUGGCACGCCUUCAAAGUCUUAGCGAGAAGAUGGGCAGUGCUGUUGCCAGGAUCAAGAUAGAUGGAAGUAGGAUGAAGAAGCUGGCUAAAAUGGUAGAGGAUGCUGUUGAUGGAAUUAGAUUCAAAAGAUAUGAGAGAUAUUCAAGGGUUUUGAAGCUUCAAAGGGAGGUGCUUAAUAGAAAAGUUGUUUGA